AUGGUGCCAAUGAACAGCACAGCCAUGGGUGAUAUGAUGAACAGUACAGCCAUGGGUGAUAUGAUGAACAGCACAUCCAUGGGUGAUGUGAUGAACAGAACAGCCAUGGGUGAUAUGAAAAUGGACAAAACAAUGAUGACCCACAUGACAUUUUUCUGGGGAAUGAGCACAGAGAUCUUCUUCUCAGGCUGGCCAGGGCAAAGCUCUGGGAUGUAUGCGGUGGCCUUGGCUCUGGUGUUUGGGCUUUCAAUGCUUGUGGAGUGGCUCUCACACACCAGAUUCAUCAAGUCCACCACCAAUAAGCUUGUGGCUGGCCUUCUCCAAACAGCUAUGUAUGGGCUAAGGGUUGGUCUGGCCUAUCUGGUGAUGCUUGCUGUCAUGUCCUUCAACGUUGGGGUGUUCCUCGUGGCCAUUGCUGGAUAUACCACUGGGUUCUUGCUUUUUGGGAGUAGGGUUUUCAGGGAUUCAUCAGAGAUGUUGCCUUAUGAGAAAGCCUCUGAUCUUCCUCCUUUGAAUUGCUGA